UUCUUGUAACGGGGAUUAUUGAGGCGGCAUCAGCGCGCGGUGAUGCUCUUCCGUUAAAGGAUCUUGAAGCGUCGCGAGUCUAAAGGACCAGUGCCGUGGAUGGUUGGGCGUUAGUGCGUGUUUGUUUUGCUCUGAUGGCGAACAUGAGCAGUAGUGUGUGCAUGGAAACCCCACACACUCAUGGCCACGCCCAUGGCCACACCCACAACUACAACCCCACCCCUGGGCGGGACUUUCCUCUGCAGAUCGACUCGUGCGUGAACCCCGUGUUGGACUACAGUGCGCAGAUGGAGCGGUAUCGCUCAUUUGCCACUUUCUAUAAGAACAGUACAGCUGCUGCGGCUGCUGCUGCCGCCACCCCAUUUCCCCAGACUGCCAAAAUCGCCCGAAUUGCCACGCCCCUCUUCCCCUCAGCCCGCCUAUCGGCGAUGCCACCCUGGCCCUGCGACAACGCCAUGCUAUGGGGGCGAAAGCCCACUGCGGUUAAUGUAAACGGACCUCACACACAUCGGACUGGCAUGUCGAGGGCGGAGUCGGUGAACAUGCACAUGUCCGCCAAACACAUUCCACAAGACUCCGCCCUCCCGAUGGGUGCUGACAACUUCCUGUCGCCGCUAGCCACGGAGCAAUGCCGCGGUCUUCCCGUAACGGGGGCCGAGUGCAUGAAUCGACUGAAGUGCCCGCCAUCUAUGCCGCCUAGCGGAGCCGGAGAGGCUGACCGUGGCGGGACAUUCGGAGGGAUGCCCCCGUUGGGGGGUCUGUCGCUGCCACCGGGGGUCAUCGUCAUGACGACGCUUCACUCCGGUGCAGGGUCGUCGGGGGUCACAAUGUCAGACAGCGCGUUUCAGAUUGCCAACGUGGCGGCAGACUGCCAGCACAGCGGCUCGUCCUGCUCCGGCUCACCCGCCGCUCUUAACGGAAACGCCAACGGCAGUUGCAGCAGCAAUGGUAGCGGAGCGGCUAAGCGCAAGCGCAAGCGCUGCGGCGUGUGUGCCCCCUGCAGAAGGCUCAUUAACUGCGGCGUAUGCAGCUCCUGUCGAAACAGAAAGACGGGUCAUCAAAUCUGCAAGUUCAGAAAGUGUGAAGAGCUCAAGAAGAAACCAGGCAGCACAAUGGAGAGAGCACCAUCCGCAGGAGCCGCCGACACCUUCCGCUGGUUCUUCUGAAGAACCCGCCACCAAUCCACGUCAUUAAACCGGACUUGAACACUAGAAGAUCUGCAGGUCAUACACCUACAAUCUACCCCGAGGUCUGAUCAUACGGUUCCGCAAUCAGGGACUCUCACGCCCUCCUCUCUUUCUACCCCUUCCCCUCAGGACUCACUGUGGCCCGUUUAGCACUGAGGGGCGUCAGGUGCACACGCCCCACCAGUGAGACGUCGAGGGCAAGUCUCUGGGUCUCAGACUGACCUCACCUCAACCAAACACUAACUGACAUAGAGAAACAGAGACUUGAAUUCAGUCGUAUCAGGACCCCAUCCAAGCUUAAAGGAAUAGUUCACCUGAAAGUGAAUAUACAGUCAUCAUUUGCUCACCCUCAUGUCAUUUCAAUCACUCGCUUUCUUCUACAGAAGACAAAAGGAGGUUAUUCAAAGAAUAUGCAUUGAAGCAAAUGAGGUCUGUCAAACUCUAAAAUCACGAAACAAACAGCAAAAAAUCAGUCCAUACGAUUAUAAUGCACUAUAUUAUAGGUUCACUGAAGUCAUAUGAUAGUUUUGUGUUGGGAAAAGACAUUUGUAGUCAUAAAUAAUCACUUGACCGAACCAGGAUAUUCUUGUAAAAUUCACCUUGUUCCACACAAGAAAGUCAGUCAUACAGGUUUAGGUUUAUAAAAGCAGUCCAUACGAUUAAUGCUCUAUAUUAUAGGUUCUCUGAAGUCGGUUUUCUGUUGGGAAAAGACUGAUAUUUUUUACUUUUUUUUGUCACAAACCAUCAUUUAACUUUAGAAGAUGUCAUGGAUCAGUUCCCUUUUUAUUUGAUUGAAAGGAACAAAUAUGAUAUACUUUAAAAAUUCACAUUUUUCCACAGUAGAAAGUCCAUAUGAUCAAUGCACCAUGAGUUCUCUUAAGUCAUAUGAUCGUUUUGUUUUGGGAAAAGACAUUUGUAGUCAGUAACAAUCAUUUUACCUCCCUUUCAUUUGAUUGAACCAGGAUAUAAUUGAAAAAUUCACCUUGCUCCACAGAAAAUGUCCAUACGGUUAAUGCAUUAUAUUAUAGGUUCUCUGAAGCCAGUUUUGUGUUGCAAAAAGACACUUUUUUUUCAGUCAAAAACAACCAUUUUACUUUUAAUUGAUUAACCAGUAUAUUCUUUAAAAAUUCACCUUACAGAAGAAAGAAAGCCACACAUGUGUAAGGAUGCAAAAACAGUCCAUACGAUUAAUGCACUAUAUUAUAGGUUCUCUGACAUUGGUUUUGUUGAGAAAAGAAUGAAAGAUUUUCAGUUUUUUGACAUUUUUAGUCACAAACAACCAUUUGACCUCCUCUUUCAUUUGACUGAAAGGAAACAACCAGGAUAUUCUUGAAAAAUUCUCCUUGUUCCACAGAAGAAGGUCAGUCAUACAGGUUUGGGGCGAGUAAAUGACGACAGAAGGUUCGUCUCUGAGCGAACAGUUCCUUUAAACCACCUUUCUGUUGCAUGGGUAGAAAAGUGUUUUGUUUUUAACUAAAGACUUUAAGAAAAUGACUUUGUUUAUUGCUGUCGUGACGCCUCACUGUCUUGAUGAAUAAGAGACUCUUAGGAUGGCUUGUUGAUUAAAUGUGAUCCUUUUUGAACUGUGA